AUGUAUGUGAAAUGGUUUGAUACAGUAAUGUUUUACUAUGUGAUUUUAGUGUAAUUAGUGAAUGUCACUUUUUGACAUUUUUAAAUUUCCUGCCAGUUCCGUCCCCGUACGUCCGACGUCGCAGGGAACGGAACCCAGAAGACAGAUGCCGGCAUCGGCCAGAGGACAUUGCCGAGGACGCUGCAGUGGGACAUCGCGGGAGCGAAGGACAAGAUAAGUGAAGAAGAUAUCCCGGAGCAACGCUGCAAGGUAUUCCCGAGUGUAGCUCGGGGUUACCGCUUCUGCUACACUCGGGAAUACCUCCAUGGAGCUUA